AUGGCUUCUGCUCCGACGCACGAAUCCGCCGUUUCGGCCGAUGCCGCUUCGCAAGAGGAAGAACGAGAGCUUGCGUUCGGGCAAGUCUGGAAGGACGCGGCCAAGGCACCUCAGCGACCAAAGAUUGCAGAACAACCAGCAGAUGGAAGACGAAAGUCAUCGAUCCAAUUCCACACCGCGGCUGCCGAAGAUACUAUAAGAAGAGAGAGCGUUGCACAAGGCCAACGGUCAUCUGCCACUCAACGGAGAAUGUCGUCCCCCCCUCCUCCUGGCAACUACCACCGAGGCGUCUCCUUCGACACUUUUGACAACAGAGAUGCAUCCACCGAAUCUUUUACCCUGAACUAUAAGCACCGUGACUAUGCCUCUACGUCUCGAAGCCGAACAUUCCUAUGCGGAACGGAUGCCAAAGACUACUCAGAAUAUGCUUUGGAGUGGGUGCUGGACGAACUUAUCGAAGACGGGGACGAAAUCGUCUGCCUGCGCGUCGUGGAGAAAGACGCAAAGUCGGCCAGCGAGACUACAUACGAGCGAGGCAAAUAUCGCGAUGAGGCUCAGAGGUUGCUCGAUAGCGUGAUACGGAAGAACAGCUCCGAAGACAAAGCCAUCAGCAUUAUUAUGGAAUUAGCUGUUGGCAAGGUUCAGGAGAUCUUCCAGCGCAUGAUACAACUAUAUGAGCCGGCAGCGCUGGUUGUGGGAACAAGAGGCAGGAACUUAGGUGGCAUGCAGGGCCUGCUUCCGGGCUCUGUCUCGAAAUAUUGUCUGCAGCACUCCCCCGUGCCGGUGAUCGUCGUCCGGCCAACGUCCAAAAGGAUGAAGAAGAAGAUGAAACGGCAGUUGGAAAGCGGCCGAAGUCUAUACAGCAGCAUGCUUGAGAAAGCUCAAACCGCUGGGGGUAGCCAUCUCCGCGACAAGGCCAACGACAGCUCGAUUUCGAUGGAGGCUACUGAGCAAGAAGCUGAUGCUGUCACCAGAGCGAUCGGAGCCCCCAAACGGGGUAUCUUGAAAGGAACUUACGGCGGACCGCUUGCGCGAGUCACUUCGGCAAAAAGCGAUGUCACUUCAGAUGAUGAGUCACCAGAACGAAGUUUUGCGUUACCGAUCGGAUACUUUACCACUGAAAGUGCACCCAGAGCCGACCUCGCCAUGAAAAGUCCCAGCAUCAUAGCCCUUCAGGAAGAUUGGGAUGACGACGAGCUGCUUCCACCCAGAUCUGCUUCGUCUCUCAAGCCUACUGGGAAACGUCACGAGAGACGAGAUAGUGAUGCUGCGAUAUCAGACACGGAAGACAGCCAUCUUGUAGUUCCUCAAAAGAUUCUAGAAGAACGACGUCCUUCUGUCCGAGAAACAACCCCCUGGCUGGAGGAAAUCCUGCGAGACAAACCACAAAGGUGA